GCCCAUCGUCCCUGAAGCCUUAUAGCUCACCAUCGCCAACGCGAGGUUUUCUUUUGCACUUCCGCCCCGCAGCUCGUCCCUUCUUUCUUCAAUCUUUGUAACCUAUUUCUCAAUUUCUUGACGCACACUGUACCGUCAACAUGGUGGGUGCGGUGGCGGUGUCGAGUGGUUUGAGAUCCAACCUCGGGGUUGUGAACCUUGCCACCAAGCCUUCGAGGUUUGCAGAGUGCGAGGGGUUGCCAUCGCAGGUGUCAUUGAGGAAGGGAGCGAGAGGAUCCAAGAUGCUGUUGAGCAGCAGCAGGAGAAGAGGCUUGGGAGCAAUUAGGGCAGACGCGUUGCCGUCAUCGCAGGAGGUGGCUGACAAUGUGCCUGGAGCCACCGCCUUGACGUUGGAGGAGGUUGCGACCGAUUCGGCCAAGCCAAAUUCGCCCAACAAUGGACCCAUGUCGCCGAAGAAGGGCAGGAAUGAGAAUAUCAGGGAGGAGGCGCGUCGGCAGGGCGCUGGCAGCUCGCCGACCACAUUCUCGGCCAAGUACGUGCCGUUCACGCCCGGGGUGAAGUCCGACGAGGAGUACUCGCUGGACGAGGUUAUUUACAGGAGCAAGACUGGGGCGUUGCUCGAUGUGCAGCAUGAUAUGGAGGCUCUUAAGAAAGCGGGAGAUGGCGCAUACUGGAGGAAGUUGUUCGACUCGCGGGUGGGAAAGACGACGUGGCCGUAUGGGUCGGGGGUGUGGAGCAAGAAGGAGUGGGUUUUGCCUGAGAUUGACGAUGACGACAUUGUUAGUGUGUUUGAAGGAAAUUCCAACUUAUUUUGGGCGGAACGAUUUGGCAAAGAGGUUAUGGACAUGACUGACUUGUGGGUGAAGCACUGUGGUAUCAGCCACACCGGCUCGUUCAAGGACCUUGGAAUGACUGUAUUAGUUUCUCAAGUGAACAGGCUUAGGAGGCUGGGCAAACCUCUUUUGGGUGUGGGUUGCGCUUCAACAGGAGACACGUCAGCAGCUCUUUCAGCUUAUUGUGCAGCUGCCGGAAUUCCAGCCAUUGUAUUUCUUCCCGCUAACAAGAUUUCCAUUGCCCAAUUAGUGCAGCCAAUCGCUAACGGAGCCUUGGUAUUGAGCAUGGACACCGACUUCGAUGGGUGCAUGCGACUCAUCAGGGAGGUAACCUCGGAGCUUCCCAUCUACCUCGCUAACUCACUCAAUAGUCUUCGUCUGGAGGGUCAGAAAACUGCCGCCAUCGAGAUCCUUCAGCAAUUCGAUUGGGAGGUUCCAGACUGGGUCAUUGUUCCUGGAGGUAACCUUGGGAAUAUUUAUGCUUUUUACAAGGGGUUCUACAUGUGUAAGGAGUUGGGAUUGGUCGACAGAAUGCCGAGACUGAUCUGUGCCCAGGCGCACAAUGCUAACCCUCUUUACAGAGCCUACAAGGAUGGCUGGGAAAAUUUUAAGCCCGUCAAAGCUCUCCCAACUUUUGCAUCGGCCAUCCAGAUCGGUGAUCCCGUGUCUAUCGACAGAGCCAUCUAUGCUCUAACCCAAUGUGAUGGUAUUGUAGAGGAGGCAACAGAGCAAGAGAUCAUGGAUGUCUGUGCUCAAGCAGACAAGUCUGGAAUGUUUACUUGCCCACACACAGGAGUUGCUUUAGUUGCUUUGGAGAAACUCAGGUCCAGGGGCGUUAUUGGUCCCAAUGAUAGGACCGUGGUCGUUAGUACUGCUCAUGGACUCAAGUUUACUCAAUCGAAAGUUGAAUAUCAUUCUAGUGAGCUGCCAGAUAUCGUAAGCCAGUUCGCUAAUCCUCCUGUUUCAGUAGCCGAUGACUUUGGCUCUAUCAUGGACGUUCUGCGUCAAAAGCUUUCUUUGAAUAAUCUCAAAGGCAGCAUGUAGGAUCUUAGGGUAGUACGGGCGUCUGUAGAUCUAGUCGAGUGGUUUUUAUUUACCUAGUGUAGUUUUAAGAUUGUUUUGAACUCUGUAGUUAAGUUUUGGGAGUCACGGUUAUUUGUAAGCUCCAUCGAGAGCAAUCUCGUUAUGGAAAAGAAAUUGAUUUACACAACCGUUUCUGAAGUUUUGAUACAGAACUGUUGUGAUACUUGAGCCUA